AUGAACAUGCUUGCCAUAGAGCCCCUGGGUAUAAAUGGUAGGGUUCCUGGCGGGGGGAAGGAUGGGUCGCCCCUGGGAUGGUCACUGGGGGCGUCUCCGCCCCUGCGAGAGUCCUUCGGGGCGCCGCUGUUCCUGGGAGGGUCCAUGAGGGCGCCGCAUUCUCUGGCAGAGUUCCAGGAAUCGCCGCCGCCCCUAGAUGGGUCCCUGCUAGCGCCGCCGCCCCUAGUACGGUCCCUGGGAAUACCACCACCCCUAGUGAGGGUCCCUGGGGGCGCCACCGCCCUUGAGAAGGCCCCUUGGAGGGUCCUUGGGGGCCCCGCCCCACCGGAAAGGGGAACGGAGAUGCCACCACCCCUGGGGGACCCUUAG